AUGAACCCCAGCCCAAGUCCUGAACCACCCAUGAACCUCAGCCCAAGUCCUGAACCACCUAUGAACCCCAGCCCAAGUCCUGAGCCACAGGUAAACCCCAGCCCAAGUCCUGAGCCACAGGAAACCCCAGCCCAAGUCCUGAGCCACAGGCAAACCCUCAGCCCAAGUCCUGAGCCAGGAAACCCCAGCCCAAGUCCGAGCCAGGUAAACCCCAGCCCAAGUCCUGAGCCACAGGUAAACCUCAGCCCAAGUCCUGAGCCAGGUAACCUCAGCCCAAGUCCUGAGCCACAGGUAAACCUCAGCCCAAGUCCUGAGCCACAGGUAAACCUCAGCCCAAGUCCUGAGCCACAGGUAAACCUCAGCCCAAGUCCUGAACCACCCAUGAACCCCAGCCCAAGUCCUGAACCACCUAUGAACCUCAGCCCAAGUCCUGAACCACCUGAACCUCAGCCCAAGUCCUGA